AUGUCGAUUUUCUACUACGAGCCCUUUUACGACUUCGAACAAUUCCUCGACAAUGCACUCACUACUCGCUCCAAACCAGAAGGGGCGAUCCAGCUACGUUCGAAAGAAGGAGACAACAGUAUCACCACAUUGAGGCCCAGAAUGGACCUUCAUGAAGACUCCAAACAGAACAUCGUGACUGCUACUUUUGAACUUCCCGGUCUCAAGAAAGAGGACGUUGACAUCCAGGUCAACAAUAAUCGUUUGACCAUCUCCGGUGAAAGCAAAAUAUCUACUGAGAAGGAAGAAAACGGAUAUGUCGCCAGAGAGAGGCGGUUCGGGAAGUUUUCGAGGACACUCCAGCUUCCUCAUGGCGUCGAGGACAAACAAAUCAAAGCUGGGUUGGACAAUGGUGUGCUUACUGUCACUUUCCCCAAGUCUGUCGCUCCGAAGGCGCAGGAAUCGAAGAAAAUUACCAUUAAUUAG